AUGUCUUUGGUGGACUUGGGGAAGAGGUUACUAGAAGCAGCAAGAAAAGGCCAAGAUGAUGAAGUGAGAACAUUGAUGGCAAACGGCGCCCCAUUUACCACAGACUGGCUUGGAACAUCACCCCUCCACCUUGCAGCCCAGUAUGGUCAUUAUUCCACAGCAGAAGUGCUCCUUCGAGCAGGAGUUAGCAGGGAUGCCCGGACCAAAGUGGACAGGACCCCCUUGCACAUGGCUGCAGCUGACGGACAUGCACACAUCGUGGAACUCCUUGUUAGGAAUGGUGCAGAUGUGAAUGCCAAAGAUAUGCUGAAGAUGACAGCUUUGCAUUGGGCCACUGAGCACCACCAUCGAGAUGUUGUAGAGCUACUUAUCAAGUAUGGAGCUGAUGUCCAUGCUUUCAGCAAAUUUGAUAAAUCUGCCUUUGACAUAGCCCUGGAGAAGAACAAUGCUGAGAUUCUGGUCAUCCUCCAGGAAGCAAUGCAGAAUCAGGUGAAUGCUAAUCCUGAGAGAGCCAACCCUGUGACUAACCCUGUGAGUAUGGCUGCUCCAUUUAUCAUCACGUCAUCGGGAGAAGUUGUCAAUCUUGCUAGCCUUGUUUCUUCAGCCAACACCAAAACAACCUCAGGUGACCCCCAUGCCUCGUCAGUACAGUUCUCAAAUUAUACCACUUCAGUGCUGGCCACCCUUGCAGCUCUUGCUGAGGCAUCAGCACCCCUCUCCAACUCAUACAGAGCCACAGCCAAUUCAGAGGAAAUCAUAGAGGGAAAUUCUGUUGAGCCAUCAAUCCAGCAAAUGAUGGGGAGUGGAGGCCAGAGGGUCAUCACCAUAGUGACCGAUGGAGUCCCUCUGGGUAAUCUCCAAACUGCAAUUCCUACUGGAGGCAUUGGCCAGCAAUUUAUUGUAACAAUGCAAGAUGGACAGCAAGGUGAGUUGUCCCAUUUAGACAAUUAUUUAUUAGAAGAUAUUUUAGACACCCCAAAUCCCCUAAAAAUGAGGCAUUAAGGCAAGUUGUGGGAGUGAGGGAAUGCAGGUGUAAGAUGGGGCAAAGAAAGUCUGAAAAACAAAAAGAAACCAGACUGGCAAAAGUUGAUUUCCCUAAUAUAUAUAAAAUUUGUGAGUGAAAACCAAUAAUUUAGUAGAAAAAAAGAGCAGAUAUUAUAAAUAAUACGAACCAAUAGUUCACAGGAAAAAAAUAAUGAUGGCUCUUAAAAUAUGAAAAUAUGUUCAACCUACUUCAUUCAUAGCAAAAGAAUUACAAAUAAAUACUGUACUUAGCCCUGCUGCUCUCAAGAUAGUAGAGUAAGAAGCUUUAGGGCUCCAUCCCCCAACAGAAGCUUUGAACAACUAUCAAGAACUGGCAGAAACAUCUUUCUCAAAGUUCCAGAAAACAACUAAAGGAUUGCAGUAACAGGGCAAGUGCCAAAUCAAGCAGAAAACCACUUAAGAGCAGUAGGAUCUCAGUGGCUUGGAGUGGCAUGGGUCUCUGGUCCUUGUUCUGGAGGGAGCAGAGUAAAUCCCUUUGCACUUAUUGGGAGCAUGAAUGCCUGGCCUAAUCAAUACAGAGAUGGAAAUUAUGAAAAGGAAGCAAACAAGAGAUGAAGACCACAGUAACAAAAAUUAAAAAUUCCCUAGAAGGGAUCAGCAGUGAACUUGAAAGUAAGAGAAUUGAAAUCAUCCAGUCUGGGGAGCAGAAAGAGGAGGAAUGAAGAAGAGUGAAGAGUGCCUGAGGAACAUGUGGGACACCA